GGAAGCUGCACGCCUUCUCUGACAGGGAGGAAAGACUGAGUACUUCUACUGCUCACUAACAAGGAGGCAGCAAAAAGAGACGAAGAGGGAGAGACGGGAGAUAGUAAGAGGAGGGGGAAAAAAGUAUCCCUCCCCACCACUUAGAGAGACAGAGACAAGGAGGGAGGGAAAAACAAAAGGGACCAGUGAGGCUGGGGAGUGAGGAGAAGAAGGAAGCGGAUGGGAGAUAGUUGGAGGAGCUGCAAGACUGAUCAAUGAGCGGCUGAGAUUUCAGGAAGAAAUUUAGACUCAGCAAGAAAAGAGACAGAGAGGGGAGGCGAUGACAGGGAAAGAUUGAUGAAUGAGAGAUGGCUGCACAACAUCUGGAGAGAAAACGACUUAAAGAGAAAUAUUUAAGGGGAGACAGGGGCAUCUGGCAAAUUUCAUAAAGGAGAAGAAUAAAAAAUUUGGAGAAAGACAGGAGGGAAAGAGUGGGAAGAAAGGAAGAGCGGAUAGUGAAAUAUUUAAAAGACAGAAGCUUAAAGGGAGAUGAGCAGGGAGUAACUUCCAAAAACUUGGAGAAAAGAGAGAAUAAAUCAGAGGUGGUGGGGAAACUGUGCUCCUCCUUUUUCUUUUCUUUCUUUUUUUUUUUUUUAAUCCCUCUUCUUUAUAAAACUGAGGAGGAGAGGUGCAACCGAAGAAGUAGAAGGAGGAGAGACGGCAGUUUUCAAGACUUUUUCCUUAAAGUCCAGACAGAAAAAGAGAUAUAUAGGUAGAUAUUUAACUACAUGAAAGACAACUCUAUCCAAUGGCGUGCUACUACAUUGUGAUCAGUUCCACCCACCUCCAUGACGGACAGCUGAGGAGCAUCAAGGGGGUGUUCAGAGGACCAAUAGGAACAAACGGCCAAAAAAACACGGAGGAAGGGGACUCCAGGUAUUACUGCGAGCUGUGUGAUAAGCAGUAUGUGAGACACCAGCAGUACGAAAACCACAUCAACUCCUACGACCACCACCACAAACAGCGCCUAAAGGAACUGAAGCAGAGGGAGUUUUACAGAGCGCUGGCCUGCAGGAGGCAGAGGAGGCGCAGGGAGGAGAAGAAAGAAGAGAGAGUGCUGAGGAGAGUCCGUCAGCAUGACGAGAGGAGGACAGGACAAUGUGCUCCGGGUUCUGGUCCCAUGUUCCGUUCCACCACCGUGGCGGUCGACCCAGCCGAUCAAUCCCGACCAGACUUUGAGCGGAAGUGGGAUGAAAUCCACCCGAGCAGCGCCUCACUGGGAACAAAGUCUCAAACCCAGCUGAUCCAGCCCUGUCUUCCCCUGGACCCUGCACUGGAAACAAGACUCCUGAGCAGUACUCAGUGGGCAUACGACCAAAUGGAAGCCAACAACACUGCAAAUGUUGCGGCUGAGUCCUGCAUCCUCGACAGGACCCAUCUGGACUGCAAUCCCCUUACAGCCAACCACAUGAAGAAUCCUGAUAAUGAAAGCAUCCACAUCCCUGAGAAAACUUGGGGUCAUAAUUAUUUAAGUAACCCCAUAACUCCCAGUGACAUCCUGACAACUGCAACUAGCUCCACCUCUAAUGGUUCAGUAAUGGCAAGCUCCUGCAAGAGCCCCUCUACCACCACCAAUACCAACAACAUCAACAUUAAUAGCAGUAAAGCGGCGUCUACAGUCUCAGAUAUCCACUAUGUCCCCAGCAGAGUCCGACCUGUCUCCUUCUCGCUGCCUAAAAGGAGCUGUGUCCUCCUACACCAAUCAGCUGCCGUCUUCAUCCAAGCCGGUCAUGGCUCCGACUUGUCAAGAAAGCAAGAAGGCAUUACGGUACAAGAAAGAGCCAAAAACCUGGGAGAGAGACUCGCUGCUCAGCGGCUAAAAUCUGCAGACAUGGAUGAAGUACAUGUAGAUCACUGGGAUACUGGAAACCAGCACAACAUGGAAAGUAAAUCUGCAAUCCAGCACUCUGAAUCUGCUGAGAAAGGACCUGCGGGACUCUCUGGGACUGAAGCCCAGACUUCUUCAUGUAGUUCCAACGUGAUUAGAGCCGAGAACUCGAUCAUCAGUUGGAGUGGAGCCCAGCUGUCCUUAUGUAAGGACAAUGGGACUGGAGGUGGUGGUGAAAGUGGGACUGGAUCUCAUCUUUAUUUAAACAGUGUCAUGGCAGGACAGAUUUCUGACAGCUUGAGCACAGAUUCAGAACACCGAGGCGGUGCGGCUGAAGUCUGUGAUGUUGUAGACAAUCAGAAAGACUUUAGCCUGUCCCUAGAAGCAAAAGAUCUUCAGUGUCCGGCUAUAGAUGACGUUGUCAAGUCUGUUUCCAGUGUUUUAAAUGAGCCCAAAGAGUCUUCAAGUGAAACAACGCCCACAGAAUCAAUCUCCUCUCCAAACUGGGGUAAAACACCAACUUCCGUCUCUCUAAAUCGUCCCAAAGAGCCUUUCUGUCGUGUCCUGAGCAGAGAUGGAAGCAGAGUUCUUCUCUGGCCAACGGAGAUGGUCAACUACACCAAGACUUCCCCCUCCAUCUCCUUCAGCGUCAAUCCUUUACUGUACGACUUCAGAGCCCAUAAGGCCAAGGAAGGCGGUGCAGAAAAGAAAGGAGGGCUGGAGGAAGGGAGGGAGAGAAUAAAGCCAUCUGUGAUCAAACAACCCAACUGCCAACAGAGGCAGAAAGAUAUGGAGGGAGGAAGGGAGGUUAGGAUAGAUGAAAGGGAAGAAGAGGAUGAAGGAGGACAGGCAGGAAAUCCUGUGGACGUUUCAGACCGUUGUAGCGGCAGCGAUGCAGUUCUGGAUCGCUCCGGCUGCCACGAUGAAAGCGCUUCAAAAUUUGUUCCUGUUUCGGCAGGAUGCCACCAUGCACCAAAGCUGGGCCUUCAAAAAACAGGGGGGAGGCGGAGGAGGAGAAGGAGAAGGGGAGGGUUGAGGAAAGGAAUAAGAAAGAGAGGGAAGAGAAAAAGAACAGAAAGGGGAAGGAGGAUAAUAAGUACUCUUUGUUUGAAUCAGAUGUUUGAAGGGAGAGAAGAGAGGUUGAAAAGAGAGGGCGCUACAAAAGAGGAGAGAAUAGAAAAACAGCUAUUAAGUAAUCUUGCUGCAAAUCGGCUGGUGGGAGGGAGAGAAAAGAGGAUGAAGGGAGAGGUGAAAAGGAUAAGAGGAGAUCAGGCAGAGCGAGAGAGGGGAGGUAGAAAUGAUGAGAAGGGGGGAGAACUAUUAAGUAAUCUUCCUGUGAAUCGGUGUAAUCGGUGUAACCAGCUGUGUCUGCAGGUGAAAAGGGAGGCCAGUCAGCAUCAAUCCCAGCAAUCAGCCUCUGGGUGGGGCCAGGGGCUCAGAAAGCUCCUCUGCAGGAGUGCAGCAUUCAACUCCGUGAUUAGCCCCGUCCCAGAGUCUGUUAUAGAGAUGCCAUGCUGUCCUGCAAUUACACCCAACCCUGCUGAGAGUGGCAGAGGGAUGGGGGAGAUACACAAAAAUACGCAGGCAGGGAAGGAGGAAGAGAAGGGAGAUGAGGAGCAAAGGAAUCUGAGGAAGGCUGAGAUAAGAGCUGCUCAGAAUGCUGAAGACAACAUUUGUAAUCUGGCGAUUAGCGGUGUUACUUUUCCCUGUCGAGACACAGCAAGCGAGGAAGAAAUUUGUCUUGGUCCUAAACCUCACAAGGAAACAGCGUGCGAUCCAGAGAUUAGCCCAGUCCCUGGUCUCUUUAGAGAAACAGCGUGUAGUCAAAAACAAACAAUACCUGCAGGACACGGCAACGCUAUGAUAGGCCAGACCUCACACUGGUCUGCACGACAGACAGAAACAGAGCAGAGAAUUAGAUCAGCUUGCACAGACGAGACCCUCUCUGGCGAUGUGCUUUCAAAGACGCCGCAGAGAGCAGCAACAGCCAACAAGAGGAAGGCGGCAUUGCUGGAGGCAGCAACACCGAGGAAGAGACGGAGAAGAGGAAGGAGACGGACGAGGAGAGCCAUCAGCGUAAUGCAAAGAAAUCAUGCUGGCUUGACCUCUGACCCCAGCACAGAUCAGCCCAGUUGCAUUCAGGAACUGAGCAGCAACCACGAUGACACGCGUGUGGAUAACUGCCACGCUCCAACAGCUGACUGUCGUUCUUUUUGCAGAACAAAACACCCUGUGUGCCAUAUCUCAAACAACAGGGUGGAAACAUUCAGCUGUAACACCGCUGACAAACUCCAUGAUGACUGCUGUUGUGACGACAGUGAAGGCUGCAGUCGGUGCCGCUUUGAUCCCUCUGGAAGCUUGGAAAAGGUGAAACAUUUCAGCGACUGUCACACCUGUGACAAACAAACUGAGAGCAGUCAAGACAACGAAACGUGGAAUGAAGAUGAGCAUAAUGAUUCUACCAUCUGCAGAGAUUUGUGUGACAAUCCUUGCAACACAAACUUUGACAAGGAUUGUUGUGUGCACAUGACUGAUCAGAGAAAUAAACCUCUCUGGAAGUCUACAGACACACCAGUAGAUUUACACUCUACUAAUGACCCAAAUGCUGACCAAUCUAUGUGUACAAACAAGGACACAAACAACUCUAAAUCUACAACAUCUCAAAAUAAUGACUUAACCUGCAAAGCCAUUAACAUGUUAAAUUACAUUUCUGAUUUUAACGAUAGAAGUAACAAAAAUGAUCAUAUUGUGGAGGGUAAAAACACCCCACAGUGCCACAUUCAACAGAAAAACACAGUCUCUGAUUCAGGAAUUGAUUAUAAAACCUGCAGGGGUGUACAGCGUGACAGAAGCAGUGGUGAUGGCACCGAUGCCGGUCAGUGUGAUGGUUUUAACAGUAAUCUUGAUUGUAAUCGCUGUGGUAACGCUGUUAAUGACACCAGAAAUGAAGGAGAGCAUGUUGCGCUUUCAAGGGAGCGGGGGGAUGGAAUGAUCAUGGAGAAACAGACAAAUGGGGAUGUGGAGAAACAGCUAGAGUGGAAAAGUAUAAAGGAGAAGCAGGAGGAGUGGGAGAAGGAGUGGGUGAGGAGGAAGGAAAAGGAGAGGGAAAGAGAAAGAAGGAAGGAGAUGGAAUUUGAGCAUUUUUUUCCAGAGAAGAGGCAGUGCUUUCCUCGUCACCUCCCCCCACAGUGUAUCCCUCUCCCUGCUCCUCUCCUCCUCCAGCCACCACUCUCUUCAACCUCCUCCUCCUCUUUCUCCCUCCACCACACCAUCAUCCAACAUAACCUCUCUCUUCUCCCUCCUCCAUCGCACCUACCUGUCCCCUCCUACCCUCACUUCCUUCCUUCUUUCUCCCCUCAUCUCUCUCCUCUUGCUCUCAAUCCACCUCCUGCUCCUCCACUACCUCUUCCUCCCUCUUUCUACACCUCCCCCAUCUCAUUCCUGGACACCCCUGGUCCUUAUCCCUUAGCAGCAGCAUUUCAUCCCGUACAGAGUCACCAUCCAUCUUUGUACCCUCCUCCACAUCCAGCAGUUGUGCCUUUACAGGUGUUGUUCUGAAGACUUUAAAAAAUAAGUUCUCAACAAAGGUAAAAUCUCCCACUUUCAAAGGAAAACUAUGUGUCAGUGCCUGCAUAUCACAGCCAGGAUGACAAGCAAAUUAUACCAAUUUUGGAAGCAUUUAAAAAGGAGAACGAAACGGAUCCUUCUUUAAGCUGAACCAACAGCAACCUCAGCACGCCGUCCAAACACUCAAGUACAAAUUCACACAUUUGAGAAGGAAAAAAAUAAAUAAAUGAGCACUAAUUAUCCUCAUCAGCCACAAUCCCGCUCUAAAUGAGCCUCAGGUGUGCCGCCAGCGGGAUCGUGCUGGGGAUACACAGCUGCGCUCGUUUCCCUCGGCAGAAAUCAGUCAAAGCCUCCGUUUUGCAUUUUAAACCAGUGAUUUGCUUGCAAGCCAUGUUCGAAAUUUGUGUGACGUUAAAAGGAAAAAAAAAGAAAAGAAAAGAAAUCGCCCUUGUACACUUUCAAAUAUCUUGACUCUGUGAUAAUAAACAGAGGCUGUUUGUCUUGCAGAAAUUUACAUUUUUCCCUUGAGAGCUUCAACUUCAGUUGGUGAUUAUCCGGUCACACAACUGCAACAGAGCCAGAUGUGCAAAUAUCACAAGAAAUCUGAGCAGCAAAGCCUCUUUACAGCAUUUGAAAGUUAGAGGUGAAUAAAAAAUAAUGUUAAGAAGAAACUUAGCUAAUUGAACACAUUAAUGUUUCACACUUUCACAGAUCAUGACAAGUCAUGCUUUAAUUGGCUUGUUUGAAGCAAAGACCACAAGUUUAAAACUGAGUAAAAUCUGGUUGUGUGAGGUUAAAAAAAUAAGGAACUUACCAUGCAAAUGUAGGCUGCUCCUCAUCUCUGCUGAAAGCUAAAAGCUUGAGGGUAAAUUAGCCACUACUGCCACAGCAUACCCAAAUAUCUGCUAGGUCCAUCUGCAGCCACAUUGCUCUGUAGGGGAUGUUGGUAACAAAGUCCAACAAGGAAGUAAAAUCAUUAGAUAUAAAAGAUGAUAUUUCUGGAUCCACUGCAAAGGUUUCUCAAAAUUGUCCACUAUGGUUCAAAGUUAAACAUGUUAAAUCAGUGAAGCACACAGUUAGGAUAGCAAUAAGAAGAUAUAAUAUGAAUGCUAGCCAGUCAGGAUGAUCAGGAAGGACAGUGAAAAGUAAUUAUUCAGAGCCACCUAGAAAAAUAUACAUCUGACAUGUCAGCAAACCAAACCUGGGGCCUCAUUUAUAAACAAGCUUUGAUCUUUAGUACAAAUCAAGUAAAAUAGUGUGAGUUUUGGAAAUUAUUUUACAACCCUGGCAAACAAAGAAUCUCCACUAUUGGCAGUGCUACUUCAGUUAUUAAUUUUUAGUGAAAGAAAAAUAUAAAUCACAGGUAUGAUACAAAAUGAUGUUUCAAUGAUCAGAUUGGGGUCACAAUUAAAGAAUUUUCAGUUAUCAGUAUCUGUUUAAUCAGACUUCAAUUCAGAGCUGUUUAUUUCAGCAGUGUAAGAUAAUUAGCACAUAGCUAAUUAGCAUAUUAAUACAGAUGGGCAUUACCAAGUUUCUCAACGUACAUAUCAACAAGUCAUCCAGUAUACACGCAACAGUAUUCUCACUGCAUGAAUGAAACAAAUCCAACUUACAAACAUUACAAAAUCAGUGGUUAACUGAGUAAUAAUGACAUAGGCUAACAGCAUGUUUAAGUAGGAAAAGAGCAUGAUGCGUUCAGGGUUAUUACAGAAGAAAAAGCUGCGUUAUGGUCAUUACUUUAACAGUCCCUGUCUGAGAUUAUAUGCUUGUUUCAAGUUUUUUGUUUUAGUUUGUGUGUGUGUGUGUGUGUUUGUUUUCUACAACAUUACAUUAAGUGUUAGAAGGAUGGUCAAAUAAACACUGUUUUUUAUUUUUAUCUUUUUUUUUUGUCAAAAUAGUUUUGUUUGAAAAUAGAAAAAA